UAUUGUGUAUUUCACUUUUGAUGCUUGGUAUAAGCAUUGAGAUUAACCUGGCAAAAGAAUGUAAAAUUCCAGAGAACAAUGAGGACAUUGACUGGGAUAAGGUUAAGAAUGACUGGUAUCUGGUGCUACACACCAACGAUGAGGUCAUGAAUGAAGAUGUUAUAGGUGCAAAACUACAGAACUUCUCCAAUACAAAUGAAGGAAUGCAAAUGGUGGUUACUAAUUUACAUGAGAAUUCUCCUCCCCAAACCUUUACAAUUGAUCGGACCAAACGAAUUGACGGCGUUUAUUAUGGGAUGAAGAGCGAAAAACCAGCUGUUUUGGCUUCACACACUCUAACACAAGACGGAGGAACAAAUAAUAAUGCUAAAAAAAUAGAUGAUGCCUUGUUCGAUGGUGAUAUUCUGGUUCUAUACGACAAAAAGAAUUAUUUAGUCCAUGCAUUCUGCAGUCUUUCAGGUGAAUGGGUUGUCUGGUCGGCAUUUCCAACCCUAAAUCCAACUAUUCAUCAAAUUAGUUCAAUGUGGAACAAGCUCAUUGAGAAAGGAAUCAUUGUACAACUUUAUCCUUCUAAAAUUGUUGAACAUCCGGAGUUGAUGGAAAGUUUGAACUGACGAGAUUUUUCAAUAUUGAGUUAUAACCCUGAACAGAAAUUCAUUUAAUGGGAAUUAUAACACUGCAGUAUACUAUUUAGUACAACUACUAUAUUCUAGAAUAAAU